AUGACCGAUUCGAACGUCGUUGAGGAGGCUCUGUAUCAGGAAACGUUUGUUGCACAUCCCUGGCGGAGGGUACAGGUAGGUGCAGGGAGGGAAGCUGUUGCAGGAUCUGCGCCACGUCCGCAGAUCUGGGGUGCGCGAUGGGAGGAGAAUGUGACGGGCAGCCAGAUCAAACAUCCGUUCGCCUACGAGACCGUGCCACGAGACUUUCGCAGGCAGGACGACGAGAGCCGGUUGAUGCCUGCUCGCUGGAAUGGCCUUGCGGCGUAG